GGCUUGGUGAUAAUAAAAGAGAGAAAACCCCAACUCCGCAAGCCUAAUUUUGUAGUGAAUCUCAACUUUUUUUUGGCGGAAUUGAUCCAACUCAGUGAAUCAUGGGUGGUGAAUCGCGUUACGAGAUCCACCAGACCGCCUACAUCAAGCUGGUCCUCCACGCCCUCAAGCACCGCACCUCCGCCGUCAAUGCCGUCCUCCUCGGCCGCUCCGCCGGCGCCGGGGUGGAGAUCGUUGACUCCGUUCCCCUCUUCCACUCGCAGAUCGGCCUCCUUCCCCCCCUUGAAAUCGCACUCAUUAUGAUUGAGGAGUAUUAUGGAGAAAAAGGCUUGAGCAUCGUGGGCUACUUUCAUGCCAACGAGAGAUACGACGAUUUUGAACUCGGCGGUGUGGCUAAGAAUAUUGGAGAUCACAUAACUCGGUAUUUUCCUCAGGCGGCUGUGCUUUUGUUGGAUAACAAGAAGCUUGAAUCUUUACAAAAGGGGAAAGACCGAAGUCCAGUUGUGCAGCUUUAUAACAAGGAUGCAUCUAGUAGUUGGAAGCUAGUCGGUUCUGAUGCGAAUAGCCAGCUUGCUCUCAAGGAGCCUUCAGCUAAUGUUGUGCUUUUGGACUACAUCUCAUCUGAGAAAUGGAAUGACAUCACAGAUUUUGAUGACCACCUAGACGACAUCAGCAAGGAUUGGCUGAACUCCAAACUUUUCAACUAAGCCUCAGAAGUUUCAAGAUGAUGUACACUAAUGUUGACUUCACUCAGUGGCUGUUUAGUUUCUUAAGACUGCUUCUGUAUCUUGAUGGUUAAAUUUUUGAGAUAUACCGUGUCUGGUUUAUUGGUAUUUGCUUUAAACCCAUUCCAACAUCAAUCUUGGAAUGUUGGAUUAUAAUUUUUGGGGCCUCUAUAUCUUAUGUUAUACUUUUCCUUGUGGAUC